AUUGAGAAAGCAGCUUGGAGUUGCUCGAAGUAGCUUUGACAGUUAUUUGUUGACAAAAAAUACGAGCUAGUACAACCAACCCCGAGCAAGUUCGAUCAAAGUCAUUGAACACAGCUAUUAGGAAGUUGGUACAAGCAGCUCAAGUCCAAUUUUGAUUUCGUUUUCAUUAAAAACUGUGGAUAAACUGAGUGAAACAUGUCUCGUUUGACGGAAAGGAAAGAGCGGUACAACACUUUGAACGAACUGGCCGGUCUCGUCCAGUGUCUAGUGAACAGAAACAUCCUGAUCGACUUGCGGAACGAAUCGUCAGUGGCCGGCAAGAUCACCAACGUUGAUGGAUUUAUGAACAUUUCGAUGGAGAAUGUGGUGCUUAUCGACCAGCUGGGAAAGCACUUCCGAAUGGAGGAAUUUAUGAUAUAUCCGCGGUAUGUCCGAUACAUUCACAUACCAGAAUCGAUCGAAAUAGUGCCAGCCCUGGAGGAACAUAUCAAAAGGGAGACGACUCGCAAACCCCGAGCACCAGUCAAGCGAACGUAUAAAAUGAAACGAGCCCAGCUGAAUCAACAGCGGACGUUGGCGGAACUUAACGCGGCCCAAUCGGAAACUUCGAAAGAACAAUGAAGAUGCAGUAUCGAAAAUUCAGGUUCGUUUUUGUUUGAUUAAUUUUCGUAGUGGUAUCACUUGUCCAUGCCUCAUGCGGCAUCUUUAGCAGGUUAAGAAUUGUAAUAGCAUAUCGGAUUCGAUGAAUAAGACAUUGAAAACUAAAUUUUUCAUUUAAUGAAACAGAUUUAUUUCUCAUUUUAAUAAAGUGUUCUACGAACCCUUUAA